AUUGCUUAUUUUUAAUUAAUUACACGCUUUACAACGUUUUGAACCCGCUCGUCAGCUUGAAAUAUCAUGUCUGAUCCUCAUGAUGAGCUGUGUCCGCCGAAUAAUCCGGAAGACGAUGAGCUCACUCUGCCGCGGGCCAGUAUCAACAAAAUAAUUAAGGAGCUGGUACCAUCGAUACGGGUGGCCAACGAGAGCCGGGAGCUGAUUCUUAACUGCUGCACGGAGUUCAUUCACCUAAUCAGCUCGGAAGCCAACGAGGUUUGCAACCAACGGAACAAGAAAACCAUCAACGCGGAGCACGUACUGGAGGCACUGGAUCGGUUAGGUUUCAAGGACUACAAACAGGAAGCGGAAGCCGUGCUGAACGAUUGCAAACAGGUGGCAGCCAAGCGACGACGGCAGAGCACACGGUUGGAGAAUCUUGGCAUCCCGGAGGAAGAACUGCUCCGGCAGCAGCAGGAACUGUUUGCCAAGGCCCGGGAAGAACAGGCUGCCGCUGAGCAGCAGCAGUGGUACAGCUUGCAACAGAAUGCCGAGCUCUAUCAGAAACAGAUAUCUCAGGACGAGGAUGAUAGUGACGAUUAUUAAUCUGGGAGGGAAUUUCGGGGACUUGACGCAUGUUUUCCUAAGAAAGUUUAACUGUAACGUAUGAGAGGAGAUUAAAGGAAUUGGAUUUUUGAA